AUGUCUCCUCGUGAGGAGCUUGUUUCCUCUGCGGUCUCCUUUCUCCAAGACCCAUCCGUUUCUUCUGCACCACUGGAGAAAAAGAUCGCAUUCCUUCAAUCGAAGAAUUUGACACAAGAAGAGAUCGAUCUAGCACUUUCGAGAGUAGGCGAGGACUCUUCUGCUGCGGUUUCUCCAAGCCCUAGCCAGAGUAAUGUAGAUCAACAGUCUAAUUACCGACUACUUCCUACACAAUAUGGACAAAACUAUCCAUAUAGACCGGGAGGCCAAUGGGAAUCUCCACCGCCCCCUCCAGAAUUGCCGAAGCGAGAUUGGCGAGAUUGGUUUAUUAUGGCAACGGUAGCGGGCGGUGUUGGAUAUGGUUUAUAUUUCGUGGUCAAGCGAUAUAUCGCGCCGCUUAUUGCCCCACCUACACCUCCCCAGCUACAGCAGGACAAACAAAGUAUCGACGAGCAGUUCUCUCGUGCAUUUGCCCUCCUCGAUCAGCUGUCAACCGACACAGCAACCUUAAAGACUGCGGAAGAAGCUCGAACCGAACGCUUAGAUGCUGCCCUUCGUGAAGUUGAAAAUGUUAUCUCAGAUUUAAAGAUCUCCUCACGGCGACGGGAUGAGGAGACCCGGCGUAUUGGGGAAGAGGUAAAAAGCUUGAAUGACGCCAUACCAAAUGCUAUCAAUGGUGUCAAGGAAGGAAACGACAAAAGACUGCAGGAACUUAGCUCCGAGCUACGAAGCCUGAAAGUCCUGCUAGGAAACCGACUCGGUGCACCAUCCGGUAACACCUCAAAUGCUACCAUUGCUCCACGGCCCAUGUCCGCGACUCCCCAGCCAGGCCCCAAUGGAGCGAUUUCAACGCCGCAAGUUCCCUCAUCCACUUCGGCAUCCACCCCAGUGCCGACUCCUGCGCCCCGGGAGAACACCAGAAGCCCAUUUUCUCAACUUGGAAAACCUGCAAGCAUCCCCGCAUGGCAAAUGGCUGCUGCAAAUAAACCCAAGAACGCCGCUGUAUCUUCACCCUCGGUGGACAGCGUCAAUGACCAACAGACAAGCGCCCCUGCUAGCUAA